AUGCCACCCACUCCCCCCUCAGAAGUCGACAUCGACAUCCCCCCCAGCACAACAACCACCAUCAUCCCCCCCACAAAACCACACACACACACCAUCAUCUUCCUCCAUGGCCGCGAGGACUACGGCUCCAACCUCGCCAAUUCCCUCUUCGACUCCAAGUCCUCCUCCCCCACAACAUCCGCUUCCGGAUCACUCUCGCUACGCGAGCUCUUCCCCAGCGUGAAGUGGGUUUUCCCCACUGCUCCACUCCGCUACUGCGCCCGAAGAGACGAGGAAUUCCAGAAGAGUUCUUUUGCGAGCUUGCUUGAGGGCGAGGAGGUGAUUAGUCAGUGGUUUGAUAUUUGGGAUCUUCAGAACCCUGGGGAGAGGAAGGGGCUUAUGCGAGAAGGGUUGCGUGAGAGUAUUCGGCAGAUUGAGGGGAUUGUUGAGGAGGAGGCGGGUAUUGUUGGUUCUUCAAAGGUGAUUCUUGGGGGGAUUAGUCAGGGGUGUGCGGCGGGUAUUUAUGCGGUUCUUGUUACUGGGAUGCGGAUUGGGGGGUUUAUGGGGGUAUCGGGUUGGCUCCCUUUCCUGAGGGAUAUUCAGCGUAUGCCUGCUGGUUGUCAAGGGAAGAUCGAGGGGGUGUCGGCGCAUGUUCAGGAGUUUCUGGGGUAUCAUGGCUAUCAGCCUCCCAAGAAUGGGAAUACCUGUUAUGAUAAGUCCCCGAUGUUCUUUUCGCACUCUAAGGAUGAUGAGGUAUGUCAAUGAUUCUUGUUUUCCCUGUUGGGGGCUCAGGCGCUGAUUUAUCACUGUAGACUGUCCCAUUCGCUUACGGCGACGCGCUGUUUAGAAAUGUGAGGAGUAUUAUGGAUAAUCAUGACAACAUAAUAUUCAGGCAAUAUAAAGAUGGAAGGCAUUGGAUUCAUCCUAGACAUGGCGUCGAUGAUAUGUUUGCGUUUCUUCAUAAUAUUGUUGGUAUUCCGCGGAAUGAAAUGGAGGCUGCAGAUGAGAGAACAGAGGCACUAGAACAAGCGAGAAACGUGGGGUAUGAGGAGCGUUGUAAGAUAUUGGCGGGGGCGGAAUUACGAAAUAUAGAGAGGGAGAUGGAGGAGUCGAUGAGAAUAGGUUAA